CUCCAACAGGAGCAACGCUGGAGAGCAGCAACUGGUCCACUCGCCUCGCCGGUGCUGCUGCUGCAACACAUACAACCGACCGAGAAGAACCGGCUGAGCGACACGACUGAUUUCGGUGGAAUAAACGCGGCACCGAGCUGCCUUCGCACAUCUCUGCAGGCUUUAACAGUUGACGAGCUGCGCCUCUUCGCCAAUGGCAAGUCCGGUGACAGACAUAGGACAGUCUCAUCAGCAUCACCCUGCGACCGAGUCGGCCGCAGACUCCGCGUUUCAGGAGGCGCAGAAAUGGAUAGAGGCUGCGACGGGAAGAUGUUUUGGUGACAAGGAUUUCAGAGGAGGUUUGGAAAACGGGAUUCUUCUAUGCGAGUUGCUCAGCUGCAUUAAACCCAGCCUAGUGAAGAAAAUUAACAGACUUCCAACACCCAUAGCUGGCCUGGACAACCUCAGUGUGUUUCUGCGAGGCUGUGAGGAGUUGGGACUGAAGGGCUCCCAGCUGUUUGACCCUGGAGACCUGCAGGACACAUCGACACGCCCCGCUGCCAAGGGAAGUGACUGCAGUCGAAAGCUCAAGAAUGUUUUAAUCACCAUCUACUGGUUGGGUCGUGCUGCCAACACCUGUACCUCCUACAACGGGCCCACGCUGGACCUGAAAGAGUUUGAAGGCCUGCUGUCACAGAUGCGAAAGGAGGCAGAGGAGGCAGAGAGCCCUAAACGCAGCAUCCGGGACAGUGGCUACAUCGACUGCUGGGACUCUGAGCGCAGCGACUCUCUUUCUCCGCCACGACACGGACGCGAGGACUCAUUCGACAGCCUGGACUCCUUCGGCUCACGCUCACGACAGACCCCAUCGCCGGAUGUCCUGGUCGCCCGCGGCAGCAGCGAUGGCCGUGGCAGCGACUCGGAGUCCGACGGUCCCCCUCACAGGAAGAUGCCAGACGUUCGUAAGGACGACAUGUUGGCACGGCGAACGUCCAUCAGCGAGCCACGAACUGCCAUGCCUUUCAACCAGUACCUGCCCAACAAGAGCAACCAGAGUGGAUAUGUGCCAACACCGCUCCGCAAGAAAAAGAACGACAAGGAGGAGGGAGGACGGAAGAGCUGGAGUACCGCUACUUCACCUGUAGGGGGAGACAGACCUUUUAGUACUCCAGCUCGCUCGUGCUCAGAGGAGUUCUUCCACCAUUCGACGACUCUAGCGGCAAACGCCACGGCAGGCUCUGUGGCUGCAACAAGCCCCGUCAACACAGCUGGGAAACAUGCACCUGUGGGAGGCCAGGAGGAUGCAGGAGUGAGGAAAAGAGCCGCCGUUUCUCCGGUAGUUGCAGAAGGGGGUGAUAAAGAGGCCUGUCAGAAGCUGACCUCGCCCAAACGUGUCACCACCCCGAGUCCCUCCGACUUCCUUCCUGUGCCCACUGCCAUGGCAACCGCUUCAACAGAAACAAGUGAUACAGGCCGACGGAGGGGACGCACACUGAGCGAAAGGGAUGAGCCGCGUGGACUGACGCCUUGGUUGGACAGCGGUCUUCCAGCAACAUUCAGCCACACAGAUAGUGUGUUAGAUGAUCCACAGAGUGUGAGUAUGAUCGACAUGCGUGGUGAGGAAGAGGGCGUCUUGCAGCCUCACAGUCAAGUGCGUCAUGAACUGAUGCACAACCAGUACAACAAAAUGAAGGAAGAGGAGGAUCACUGGCAGGAUGACCUGGCUCGAUGGAAAAGUCGGAGGAGGAGUAUUUCCCAGGACCUGAUCAAAAAAGAGGAGGAGAGAAAGAUGAUGGAGCGAGUAUUGUCAGGAGACGGCUGCAUCUCUCAGAGGAGAAGAAGCAUCAAGACCUACAGAGAGAUUGUGGAGGACAAGGAGCGGCGUGAGGAGGAGCUGCGGCAGGCCUACAGGAAAGCCAGGACCCCAGAGGAGGCAUCUGCCAUUCUCCAAGGUUAUGCUCAGCGUUUCUCCAUCAGUGAAGCAGUCCUAGAACGUCUGCAGCUGCCAAAGCUCUUGGACCGCAGCAUAUCUGCUGACCCUUCCUUCCCCUGCUCGCCCUUCCCCAUCUCCCUCUCGCUUUCGGCCUCCCCGACGACGCCGGAUCCCUUUGACGCGGAUCCUAACGGGCCCCUGAGGUAUCUGCGCCAGCAGUCGGCCCCGGCUCCAAAGUUCACGUCUACACUGGAGGCACGAAUCGAGGAGUUUCCCAGAGACUCAUCCUCGCACCAGCGGCCUCAGAUUCGCUCUCGCUCUUCUGAACCGCCAACAACCCGAACCUUGUCGCCUAAACCGGUGCCUUUGCUGACGCCCAAGCCUUACUUCCAGUCCCGACCUGCAGAAGCUGAAACUUGGAACAACAAGGCGGAUGGUUUGCUCCGAGUAAACGGCGACAUUAGAAAUGACAACGUUCCCAGCACGCCCGAGAGCCCGAGAGGAAGGGAAUCUCCUCCCCAUUUCCAGGCAUCCCCUUCCAAAACCAGAAACAGUGCUGUAGUGACUCCCUCAUCAGCGGCCUCACUCAGUCACAGUGAAAACACCUCCACUGCAGGAGGAGCUCCAGUGUCACCAAAGGCUAAGGAGACACAAGCUGGCACAGAGGCAGCUUCUGAAGAUGUCCAAGAGGAGAAAGUCACUGAGCAUUCGACACCACCCAGCCGGCCCACCUCGCUCCCCACGGAGCUCCAGAAGCCAGAGGAAAACUUUGGGAAGACAGGAGUCCAGGCAGCAGCUGUUCCAGAGAAAGAAAAGUCAGAUGCUGCAGCUCAUCAAACACCACCUGCAGAAGACAAACAAGAACAAGAAAAGCCUGAAGCAUCCCGGGAAAACCCCUCCAGCCUUGUUCAGCCAGAGGUCAACACACAGCAAGAUCCAACAGUAACUUCCCAGGCAAGAAUUCCCUCUUCCCAAGAGCAGUCACAGAAAACAGAGACGGCACCGAGCUCAUCUGAACCAGGAUCAUUUGAAUAUCACCCUCCGAAGGAAACAACAGCAGAGUUUGAAAUCAGUGUCAGGUCUCCGCUGGCAACCAGCAACCCUAAGUUACGUUGGGAGUUCUUCGCUCCGUCAGAAGACGCUGAGAAGGAUCUUCGUGGAAACGUGUCAGUGCCGGUGUUGCCCCAGGCCAAGCGGGGUGACCGCUGGUCUUGGGACCCGGAUGAGGAGCGAAAGCGUCAGGAAAGGUGGCAGCAAGAGCAGGAGCGCAUGCUGCAGGAGAAGUACCAGCAUGAGCAGGAGAAGCUGAAGGAGGAGUGGGAGAAAGCACAGAAGGAGGUGGCAGAGGAGGAGAGGAAGUACCACGAGGAGGAGCGUAGGAUACUGGAGGAAACUGUGGCGCCUCUGACACCCCGCUCCUCAGCCCUGCCCUCCCCCAGCCGAGGGGAGUUUUCCUCCACCUCUGAACCUCAGGACACCAUCGUCCGUUCGCUGGCGGACUGGGAACGCAAACAGGAACUGCUGGAGAGGCAGUCGAAGCCGAGCACAGAGAGUGUAGAGUGGAAACGAAGAGAAAACGACAGGACCAGUGACAUCAGCACCGCUGACGACAGCAUGAAAACGGGAAGAAGCUCGGUGAGUCAGAGCAGCAGUCAGGUAGAGGUGCUCACUCACAGCCUUCAGAAUGGCCAAAAAGUUCCUCCAGUGCUGACCAAAUCCUCAACUCCAGUCAAGAAACAACAGGAGCCCCCAGCAGACAGUAGCAGACCCAGCCGGCCUGCAGGAGAUCGAAGGAGCGGCCCCAUUGAUAAUAACAUGGGCCGCGGCUCAUCAAAGCCCCCAGCAGCAUGUCCAUCACCGUCAGACACACUGCCUCCAGCACCCAACAGGUCUGUCAGUGGGAAGAAACUGUGCUCCAGCUGUGGUCAACCGUUAGGAAAAGGGGCCGCCAUGAUUAUAGAGACCCUCAGCCUGUACUUCCACAUCCACUGCUUUAAGUGUGGGGUGUGUAAGGGACAGUUAGGUGACACAACUACGGGGACGGAUGUCCGGAUCAGAAACGGUCUCCUCAACUGCCACCAGUGCUACAUCCGUUCCCGCUCGGCCGGACAGCCAACCACAUUGUGACGCUCGACUAAAAAGCACAAGGUUCAAGGAAGAAGCCCCCAUCCCUGUUUUAACCCGAUUAUCUGCAAAUCAUGUCCUUCACAGCGUGUCGGGAUCUUUGCAUCCUCUUCAGCUCAAUAACCAUUGAAGAUUCAUCUUGUGGGCCAAAUAGGGAUCUUGGGGACAAUCAUGUGUUUUAAAAAAAAAAAAAAAAGUAUAUUUCUCGUGUUUAUGUCAUCUGAUAUGUGAGUGACAUCUGGAUUUGAUUGGUCCUCGUGCCACCACAAACUGUUUUUCAUCAUGCAGCGAGAGAGAGAGACUGUUCACAGGCAACGGCCAUGUUGAAAAGAAAAUGCAGUAACAUUUGCAGAUAAACACAGGUAGGCUGUGUUGAUGCCCAGAAUGAACACUAGAAUCAGAUUCUGUUUUCCUGGUUGGAUAAAAACAGAAACAAAAAGAAUAUUUGCUAUGAUGGAAAUGCAGUAUGUCUUUCCUUUAUACCAUAUAAACAAUAUUUUCUUAAUUUGAGGUGAUAAGAAUUUUUAAAAUGGAGUUAAAACUGAACAUAUGAUCAGGCAGCACAGAUUAGAUCUGAAAAGAGAAGAAUUUUAUGCCCCUUUAAUGAAGUAAUAGAUUCAAACAAACCUAAUCUAGGAAGUGCAAUAAAGGUCACUAUAGACACAAAUACAGCAUAUUGUAAUUCACAAUAUUUUAUCCUUCGGCCCACACAGUGACCUCGAAUGUCUCUCGUUCUGUGUACAGAAUAGAACUAGCGUCUAAUAUAAAGACAUAGUAUGGAUGUAGGUUCCUCUUUAGGGCAAUAACAUGACUUGUGAGCUGUUUUUGUGCUUGUGGGUCACAGCAGGUUGUGCGUCGUCAGGUCUGUCAGCUUGGAAGACUUUAAUGUGCCUUAGGAAAGCAAGGUGAAGCAGGAAACAGAACACCAGCUAUAUGGUGUUUAAAUUUUCCUUUCUUGAUUUUUAUUCUUUUUUUUUGAGUCCAGGGAGGGUUUUGGCCAAAUUUAAACUCCUUAAACUCUUUAUUUUCUCAGAUACAAGGAGCGUAAUUUCAUAUCCACCCCUACGAUUCCUCUGUGAUUUGUAGUGAAAUAACAAAGAAAGUUCUUUUUGAAAACACACACCCAAUACAGUGUUUUCACUGCAGGGGAAACCAUUGAUUUAAUUUUGAAUGUUUUAUUCUAGAGCGAUAUAGACUUCUGUAUGCUAUUAAUUGAGGUAAUUUUGAUAAUUGCUCAGUGGUAGAAUUCAUUUAUACAUUUAAAGAUAUUUUAAAAGAUCACCAGUACAUGUUACACGUAGUUAAACGGCAGAGGUAAUCCGAACACUUACCAGCAGCAGUUGCACCUGUGCAAUAUUUGGUUGGAUGAAAACUGAAGAUCCGUGCCGCCAGCUGCACAUUUUAAGUCACUUGCUUCUUUUGUAUGAGAAGAGCUCCAUUAUGUGUCGUGGAUGUAAAACAAUAAAAUGAAAAUAAAUGCACGUUUAAGCCUAAAACCAAAUGAUUUGCUGUAUGAAAGCAAACUAGCAGCCUCUUCCUCCUCCUGAACUGUGUCCUAUAGCCAAGCUUCUCUCUCCGGAUUCAUCUCUCUGAUCUACAGUAUUUUUAAGGUUCUGUUACGAUUGUGUAUUUUUAUUUUUAUCCUCAUUUAGUUAAUGAAUCAGCUGAGUCUCUUAUAGCGGGAUCUUUGAGACAGAGCUCUGUAUUCAGACGGUCUUCUUAACAGGAUAGUUGGGGAAUGAAAACCUUUUACGUCUGUUCUGUAUUUAUUGUAAUAUUCACCUGAACACUAUCCGAAAUAUAGAUUAAUUUGAUGUUUAAAUGCAUCGGCAUUUAUAGCAUACUGUAUGUUUAUAAAUAAAAUGUUAUAAAUUAAAA